UUGGUCAACAUACUAUAAAAACACGCAUGAAUAUCAAUCAAUAUGAAUUUCAAUUUAAACCAAGAAAAGAAAUAAUAAAAAAAAAGAAAUUCGAGUUUGCUUUUGGUAGAAAGAAUAUAGAGUAUAUUCUUGUAUUAAUGUUUUUGUUCCGAAUAUCCACAAAACUUGAAUCAUCAGAUUAGAUUGUUGUUUCCGUGUGGGAUCCCAAUCCCUCCAUCGAUUUGGUUGGUGCCACGCUUCCGAUAUGGAUUUGGAUGAUUUCCGAUCCAUACUGGACACCGCCGGCGUCGACGUUUGGGCUUUCUUUGACGCUGCAAUCGACGUCGCUUCCGCCGAUAACGCCGACGAAUUGAAGCGACGCCGGGACGGAAUCGUGGAGCGCCUUUACGCCGCCACUGCCACGCCUCCCCGGUGUCUGAAUUGCGAAGCAAAUGCCGUCGAAGCACACAAUCAGCAAAACAAAUCGUCAGAGGACGAGGAUUUGGAUCCUUUUGGAGGCUUAUUCGAUGACGAGCAGAAGAAGAUUCUAGAAAUUAAGCACCAACUUGAAGAUCCUCACCAGUCGGAAGAUUCGUUGGCGGAGUUGCUACAGAAUCUGGCGGACAUGGAUAUUACAUUCCAGGCUUUAGAGGAAACUGACAUUGGGAGGAACGUGAAUCGGUUAAGGAAGCAUUCCUCCAGUGAAGUUCGCAGAUUGGUGAAGCUUCUUGUCAGGAAGUGGAAGGAAAUUGUAGAUGAAUGGGUGAAGCUGAAGGCACCUGGAGAACCUGCUACUGCUAGCACUGUCAUUGGUGAUGAUGAAGAUUCGCCUCAGCAGAGGAAUCAACGAAAUGGGCAUCAUCAGAUUCCUGAUUUUGCAUGCUCGCCAAAUCCAGAGAAUGGCAAUUUUGAGUCUUCCGAACCAAAACCAAUUCCUCGCAAAGAAGCUCUGCCAAAACCAGCUCAAAAAUCACCAUCGCCAUUACCAUCGGUUCCCACUCCUCCUCCUCCUCAAAACAGACAAAAAGAGAGCAAUUUUGACGCGGAGAGACUUGCUUCAGCAAGAAAACGACUUCAAGAGAACUACAAAGAGGCUGCAAACGCGAAAAAGCAAAGAACGAUACAGGUGAUGGACCUGCAUGAGUUGCCAAAACCAAAAGCCAAGAAUGUUUUCUUUGGAAAGAACAAAGGCGGCAUGGGUUCUCAGGGAAGGAAAUGGUGACGCUCAAAUAGGGUGAUGCCGGAUAUUGAUUCAUAUUCCAAACUGCCGCUUCACCACCCUUUACCUUUUUCCUCUCCCAUCAUAAAAACACUUAUGCCUUCUUUAAUUUACCUUUAUCAAUAGUAAGAAGGGGAACAAAUUUCUCCCUCAUAGGACUACGGUUUCUAUGGAAUGCGAUUUAGGCUGUUUGCUGCUUGACUCGUGAUAAUUUCAGAGUCAGAUUUAUAAAUAUGGUAUUCGCAGCAGACAAAAUGGUUUUUCAAGUUUGGGUAAAAAUAUUGAAAACCCUUUUGUUUUCCGGCAUUAAUCACGAUUCAAGGGCUAAAUUAUAUAGCUGCAAACAUUGACUUUAUGUAGUGUGCCAUUUUUUUUUUAAAGAUUUUAUUGGUUUGGAUUUGGGAUGGUGAAGGGAGUGGUAGAAUAACGGCCGUUUGGUUAAUGUUUAUAUUCAUCAUAGACACAGACAUAGUGUUUGUUUGUUAAGAGUUAAGACAUAAAUUUCCGAAGGAUAUAGUAGCACACAAAUUCAUACAAAAUAUAUGUAAAAACAUAUGUAUUUAGUGUUCUCUUAAAAUGUUGAGACAUAAAGGCAUAUUCAAUUAGAUACAAAUUUUACAUUUUUAUCUUUUAUUAAUCUUUAAAAUAUCAAUUAUUUUCUUAA